AUUACAUAUAGAGCAAAUCAGUAGACCUUUCGCCAAUCGAAAAAAAUAUUUUGUGGUUUACAUUGCAUCAGUUGAGCUGAGUUGAGGGUUUUGACUUUGUCCCCUCAAACAACCCCUUUCCAGGGUCCCACCUGCUUCUAUCACAUGCGGCGAUAAGCCGCAGGCAACGACGAGGGGAGAACUAGAACCUGAUACUUGAGAACUACAUACUAAAUACUUAGUAGGAGGAACCUACAAUCGAGAACGGUGGAGCUGGCAAAGGGGAAAAUAAGACGAUGGAUAGGCCAACACUCAUACACCGAAAGAAAUAUCAGCUGGCGUAGGCCUAAGCAAGACGAGACGAAAAACGAAAAAGGAAAUUAAAUGAAAACAUAAAAUGUUUAAAAGCGCGAGUCUGGCGGCAAGUUAAUUUUAAAUUGGAGAGAUAAAAGUGAACCCUGAAGUGAUAAAGUGAAGGUUGGCAAGGCCUAAAGAUCAAAAGUGAUAAUACAUACUCCUCACCCACACACACACACACACACAUCGUCGAAACCAUGUCCAGCUGGAGCUUGGCCAGUGCCGUCUCCCCGAACGUAACAGGUUCUGACGUCAUCCGGCUAAGCAGUCUCAACUCUCGCUCCGACUCAAACUUGAUAGCGCCACCCCGUCCAACGACCCCUGUGCCCGCCAAGAAGUUGUCCUCCAAGCGCCCGCCACAUCUGACGCUGCAGAUCAGACCCACAGCUGCCGUCUCGCCCCAAUCGCACGAUGCACCGCUGGCCGAGACCGAGAACAGUGCUCUGUCGGACAGCGGCCCAUCCAUCUACGGCACGCCUCUGGGCGCGACGCCUGCCUCAAUAUCGGCUGCCGCCUCUCCCGCCAGCAACAACACCAGUACCAGCACCAGCACCAACAGCGGCUGCCAUCGCAGCAGCAGCAGCACGAGCGGGUCCAUAUUCCCCCACGAACAGUACAAAACCAUCAAGAAGAUCAAUAUCGGCUUCGACAACAUUUGCUACAGCGGAAAGUUUGGUGUCUUCCAGAGGGAAACCAAAUACGUCCUCCAGGGUCCGACGGGCUACUUUAAGUCUGGCGAGCUGAGUGCCAUCGUAGGACCCUCUGGUGCUGGCAAGAGCACACUGCUUAACAUCCUCUCAGGAUACACAACAUAUGGUUACACGGGAGACUUUCGGGUCAAUGGCAAUCGACGGGACCUGAAGGCGUUCAAGCCAAAUGUGGCCUUCAUCAGGCAGGACACGAGUCUGCAGGCCUUCCUUACUGUCAAGGAGGCCAUGAACUUUGCGGCUAACCUGAAGAUUGGCACACAUAUGACGAUUUCCGAGAAGCGAGAGCGGGUGAAGAGCAUCCUGGAAGCCCUGGGGAUGUACCAGAACCGCCAUACGAUGACAGGACAGCUGAGCGGAGGGCAAAAGAAGCGUCUGGCCAUUGCUCUAGAGCUAGUGAACAAUCCCCCCGUGCUAAUACUAGACGAGCCGACCACCGGCUUGGACAGCUUUACCUCCAAUCAGCUGAUUAACCUGCUGAAGAAACUAGCCAUCGAAGGACGCACUGUCAUCUGUACCAUUCACCAGCCGACGGCCCUGACGUUUGCCAUGUUCGACUAUCUGUAUGCCAUAGCCGAGGGAAGGUGCAUCUACGCGGGCGGUUCACAGAACCUCCUACCCUUCCUGGGAGCCCUCAAUCUGCAUUGCCCGGAGUAUUACAAUCCAGCGGACUACUUAAUGGAGAUAGCAACGCAUGACUAUGAUACGGAAGAUGAGAACCAGGUGGACAAGCUUGUGGCCCUAAUUGACAAUGGCCGAAAUGAGGAUUACAGGCAGAACAGAACCGCACGGGUCGCUCAAUUGGCGGCCAUGAAGAAAGUUGACCAGCUAAUGGCAGCAGGACUGAUCACACCAGUCACAGCUCCUGUAAUGUCGACCUCUGGCCUUCCCGCGCACUACCACCAGUCGAGCAGCUUUAAGCCCCUGACGCCGAUAAAUGAGCUCUCCUCCCGUGUCUGGGACAGUCAAACGCCGGGCAUUGGGAGCGGCGAUGUCGGAAGCAAGUCCGGCGACAGUUGCUGCAAGCCAAAGAAAAAUAAAAAGCCGAAGCCAGCAAUAGAGCUAGAUCCAAGCCAUCUAUGCAAUCGUGAUAAUAUCUAUGCCACGCCAUUCUAUCGACAGCUCAGCAUUCUGCUGCUAAGAACCUUCCUACUCAUUUGGCGGGACAGUUCGCUAACGACGAUGCGAUUUGCCAUACACCUGAUCACCGGCCUGCUGAUAGGAGCUUUGUAUUUCGGAAUCGGCAAUGAUGCCGCACACACACUCAACAUCUUUCGCUACGUUUUCUACACGAUCAUGUUUAUCAUGUACUGUGCCUUCUCCGGGAUACUCGUUAAAUUUCCCUUGGAGUUCCCGAUUGUGUCGCGGGAACACUUCAACCGUUGGUACUCCCUGCGAGCCUACUACGUGGCCAUUACUUUGGCCGAACUCCCCAUACAGAUCAUAUGCAGUGCACUGUUCAUAGUGCCCACGUAUCUGAUGACCCACCAGCCAAUGGAGUUGUGGAGGUUCGGUCUGUUCUUCCUGAUCGUGUUCCUCACAGCUCUGGUGGCCCAGAGCAUUGGACUGGCGGUGGGAGCAGCGUUGAGUCUGAAAAUGGGCUCCAUUUUGGGACCCUUCUUCAUUUGCCCCUUUCUUCAGUUCAGCGGGUUCUUCUUGAUGGAGAAGGAUGCUCCCGUCUACAUGCGCUGGAUGUUCGAUAUAUCGUUUCUUAAAUACAGUCUGGAUGGAGCUAUGAUGGCCAUUUUCGGGUACGAUCGAGAGCGCCUCGACUGCCAGGAGAUUUACUGCCACAUGACGCGUCCCAAAUAUAUACUCAAGAAUUUGGACAUGGCCGAUGCCAACUAUGAGUUUGCCAUCAUUUUUCUCUUCUGCCUGUUUGUCUUCCUACGCAUCAUUGCCUUCUACAUCAUGUCGUUUCGACUCAGACUGUUCAGAUGAUGAGGAGGUUGGCGCUGAGAAGCUUGCAGAAGAGGAAGGAACCCUCCUGCCACAUUCCGAUGACAGAUUGAAGCUGGAUUUAAAUUUAUGGUUUCUUUUUAAGCAUUUAUUUGAAAGGAACUUUUGUGCCAAAGAUUGAAGAAGUCUAGAGUAGAGCAUAAGGAAAUCGUGAUACAUAACUGAAAACUUCCCCUCCCCUCCCAUACACACAUAAAACGAUACACCACAGAGGUCAAUACUGUAUAUGCCUGCAUAUAACGUUUUUAUAACAUACAUAGUGUACACACAAUUGUAUUUUUGUAUUGUAUUAAUGAAAUGAACGAUUUAUUGACUAGUUUUAAUGCGAGUCUGAUUUUCAGACCUUAUUAAAAUACUUUCUUAAAAACGUAAAGAAUAAUUAUUUUAUAAUUUCUGUUUCUGGAAAAAAACAAAAUAGUUUUUUUUGACGAAAUGGCUUAUCUAGCGGAAGAAAGUGAAUAGCUUCAUAAUAAAGUUUUAUUUUUCAAAAUUGUGAAUGACAAUAAACAAAGGAAUUAUUGUAA